AUGUGGGGCCAGGGGCUCUUUGCUAGAGCGCGUGUGGCGGAGAGCGUGAGUUUUUCAGAAAUUGUCCAAAUGGAUGAAGAUGUACAGUACAAUAAAGUUGAAGAUGUGGUUGGAAGUCAUGUAGAAGAUGCAGUAACAUUUUGGGCCCAGAAUGUCAAUAGAAAUAAGGAUAUUAUGAAGAUUGGCUGCUCACUGUCUGAAGUUUGUCCCCAUGCCAAUUCAGUUUUUGGGAAUCUUGAUCCAAAGAAGAUUUAUGGCGGAUUGUUUUCUGAAGAUAAGUGUUGGUACAGAUGCAAAGUACUGAAAAUCAUCAGCGAAGAAAAGUGUCUGGUGAGGUACAUUGACUAUGGAAAUACUGAAAUUCUAAACCGUUGUGAUAUAGUAGAAAUUCCUUCGGAUCUGCAAUUUUCUAGUGUUGCCAAAAAGUAUAGACUUUGGGGACUACAAAUUCCUUCUGGCCAAGAAGUUACCCAGUUUGAUCAGGGCAGAACCUUUUUGGGAAGCUUGAUUUUUGAAAAGGAAAUAAAAAUGAGAAUUAAAGCAGCCUAUCAAGAUGGAACAGUUAUUGCUCAGGCUGAGUAUGGCACUGUUGAUAUAGGGGAAGAAGUGGCUAAAAAAGGAUUUGCAGAGAAGUGCAGACUUACUUCUAGUCCUGACAUCUGUGAGGAAAACAAAUCAGAUCCAAGCCAGCUUGCUCUCAGAAACCUCAAGAACCCCAUUCCCUUGUGGGGGCACAGAUCAAGCCAGUCAGCCUUUAGCAGGCCAAAGGGGCAUUUACACGGGAGACUGAGCCUCCACUUGAAGGAUGAAAAUACUGCAGGAAACCAUGUGACAUUUCCAAAGGACAGUUUGGCUGUUGGUGACUUUAAUUUAGGGUCUAAUGUUAGUCUGGCAAAAAUUAAGCAGGACCAGAAACUUAUUGAAGAGAAUGAAAAGCUUAAAACGGAGAAGGAGGCUCUACUUGAAAAUUACAAGGCAUUAGAGUUGAAAAUUGAACAGACUGCUCAGGAGCUGCAGCAAGAGAAAGCAGCUACCAAGGAUUUGACCACACAUUUAGAGAGCACUUUGAAGACCCACAUGGGUAGCAGGAUGAAAAGUCUGGCAGCCAAGGUGAAGCUAUUGAAAGAAAUUAGGCACAUCAACAUCAGAGUUCGUUUUGGAAAUGACCUUUCAGAUGCUAUUAAAGUGUUAGAAGAUGGGCACUUUACUACUCUAGUCUCUCUGGAUGAAUUAGAACAAAUAUGGGCAGAAUACAAUAUGGCUCAGGAGAAGAUCCAAGCUUGUUAUAAUGAAGAUGAAGGGCAUAUUUUGAUUGCCAAAAGAAAUGAAGUACAACAGAAGCUAUUUGUGGCAGUAGAAGCUUUUAUUUUGGAAGUAGAUGAGUUGCCACUUAAUGAACGCUUAAAGACAUUGCAGGACUUAUCAGCCUCUUUAGAAGCAGUAUAUGGACAGGCCAAAGAAGGAACAAAUUCUGAAGACAUACUUGGAACAUUUUAUGAUUGGCAGUGUAGUAAAAGAGAGGAGUUUACCAAUGUUAGGAGAGAAACAGAGACUUCUCUGCAGCUUCUUGUGGCAUGGUUCCAGAACAGUCAAAAGAUGUUUGAUCUGUCUUUGGAAGAAUCAUUGACUUUAGAAGGCACAGUUGAUAAUAUUGAUGAAAUUCUAGAGAGGACGGAGUCAAGUGUCUGCAAAGAGCUGGAGAUAUCUCUAAUUGAGCAAGGUGUUAUAGACAAGGAGAUCAUUUUAAAUACAUAUAGUCAAGUACUGCAGAAGAUCCGUUCUGAGGAAAGGUUCAUUACCACCGUGCUGUCCAAGUACAAAGAUAGUAUUGAGUUUAAAAAUCAGAUCAUUGACUGUUUAAAUAAGAGCCCCAGUGUGGAUCGCUUGCUCUCCAUUAAGAAGAUUCUCAAAGGCUUGAAAGCUCAACUGAGAUGGAAAUUGGUUGAGAAGAAUAAUUUGGAAGAAUCUGAUGAUCAUGAUGGAUCUGAAAUUGAGAAAAUAAAACAAGAAAUUAUACAGCUUCGCAGUAGUGUCUUUCAAGAAAUUUAUCAUGAAAGGGAGGAAUAUGAGAAGCUGAGUAGCCUGACCCAAAGAUGGUUCCCUGAACUGCCUCUGCUCCAUCCUGAAAUAGAAUUACUUAAAUAUAUGAACUCUGGUGGUCUCCUCACUAUGAGCUUGGAACGAGAUCUUCUUGAUGCUGCACCCAUGAAGGAACUCAGCAGCAAGCGUCCUUUGGUAUGCUCUGAAGUUAAUGGGCAGGCAGUUCUUUUAAAGGGCUAUUCUGUGGAUGUUGAUACAGAAGCCAGGGUGAUUCAGAGAGCAGCUAGUUAUCACAGAGCUUGGAGAGAAGCUAAGGAAGAGUCUGGGUUACUGCCUUUGAUGUUCUUAUUUCUGUGUAAGUCUGAUCCCAUAGCCUAUCUGAUGGUCCCAUACUAUCCUAAGGCAAGCCUGAGUGCAGUUCAAGCCAGUAUGCCAUUAACUUCAGAAGAAGCUUUAAAAGUUAUGAAAGGCAUUGCCCAAGGCCUGCGUACACUGCACAAUGCCAACAUAGUUCAUGGAUCACUUCAUCAGAACAAUGUGUUUGCUUUGAAUCGUGAACAAGGAAUCGUUGGAGAUUUUGACUUCACUAGAUCUGAGAGUCAGCGAGCCUCAGUGAACAUGAUGGUUGGUGGCUUGAAUUUGAUAUCACCUGAAUUAAAAAUUGGAAAACCUCCAUCUCCAAGUUCAGACUUGUAUGCUUAUGGCUGCCUUUUAUUGUGGCUUUAUGUUCAAAAUCAGGAGUUUGAGACAAAUGAAGAUGGAAUUCCAAAAGUGGGUCAAUUUCAUUUGGAUGAUAAUGUCAAAUCCCUCCUCUGUAGCUUGAUAUAUUGUAGAAGCUCAAUGACUGCUGAGCAAGUUUUGAAUGCUGAAUGUUUCAUGCUAGCAAAGGGAAAAUCAAAUCCAAACCCAGAAAAGGAAGCUGAAUAUGAAUAUUCUCAAUCUAACAAAGAAGAUGAGCUCAAGAUGGAGAGCUUGGAUAAAUAUAAAGAAAAGACAAGAAGUGAUCAAGCUGACAUUGAUUGA